AUGUCUCGACUCGGGAACCACGCCGACUGGGCCGACGACGAGGAAUUUGACGACCCCUCCGCGCUCCCCGCGCAACAAGUUAUUACCAACAAAGAUGGCACCAAGACCGUCAUCUCCUACCGCUUCAACGAUGAGAACAAGAAAGUGAAGGUUACCCGCCGUAUCAAGACCACCGUUGUCCGCGAACAUGUCAACCCCCAGGUCGCCGAGCGCCGCUCGUGGGCCAAGUUCGGUCUCGAGAAGGGCAACCCUGCCGGUCCUUCUUUCGAUACUACCUCUGUCGGCGAGAACAUCGUUUUCCGUCCCAGCACCAACUGGAAGGUUCAGGCUAAGGAGGCCGAGAAGGAGGGAGAGAAGGGCAGCGUGAAGGAUCAGCUCAAGGACAAGAAGGUCAAGUGUCGUAUUUGUUCCGGAGAGCACUUCACAGCUCGCUGUCCGUUCAAGGAUACCAUGGCCCCUGUCGAGGAGUCUACCGGUGGUGCUGGUGCCGAGAUGGACGAGGAGAAGGCUGGUGGUCUCGGUGCGGGCUCUUCCAGCUAUGUGCCACCUCACAUGCGGAAGGGUGGUGCUGCUGGUGGAGAGAAGAUGGGUGGUCGUUUCGAGAAGGACGAUCUUGCGACUCUGCGUGUUACAAACGUCAGCGAAUUGGCAGAGGAACAAGAGUUGCGGGAUCUCUUCGAGCGGUUCGGUCGUGUCACCAGGGUCUUCCUCGCUCGGGACAGAGAAACCCAGCGGGCCAAGGGCUUUGCCUUCAUCAGUUACGCGGAUCGGGGCGACGCUGCGAGCGCUUGCGAGAAACUGGACGGCUUCGGUUACCGCCAUCUCAUUCUUCGCGUCGAGUUCGCCAAGCGCUCUACUUAA